AUGCUUGAUAAACAAGUAAAUAAAAGCAAUAAAUUUUGUAUCUGUCAAGAAUGUGUAUUAGGUUCUUCUUAUGAAGAAGCAUAUAAUAAUAAGUUUGCAAACACACAAGAACUUGUUCACCACUAUUUAAAAAAUUGCAUAUAUUUUAAACAAAAAUAUAAUAAAUCUGAACAAGCAGAAAUUUUAGCUAAAUCAGAUAAAGUUGUUUUAGCAACUAAUAAUUCUUUUCAAGAAAGUAUUGAUGAUAAUUCUGCUACUGGAUCAGAGGUUUCUUUAGGUACUAGCUCUCUUCAGUCAAAGUUUCAACAUAAAAAAAAUAAAAUAGAUUGUUAUUUAUUAUGGCCUUUAAGUGAGGAUCAACAGAAGUAUUUUAAACAACUUUUACUUAAAGCAACUGUUUCAUGUGGUUGGUCUUUUUCUUGGGGUAAUAUUCUUAUUUGGAGUGCAAAAAAUAUAUCAAAUGAAUGUACAAGAUGGCCUAAUAUACAAUAUCGAACAGAAAAUAUGCUUGAUGAUCUAAAAAAAAAGCAAAUAAAAGUUAUUGCUGUUGUAACAGAUUGCGCAUCUGAAUAUGAAGCAGCUAGGUCUUGUGCUGCACUUAAAAAUUUAGCUACAAGAAUAGAAGAAGAUAAUGAUAAUAUUUUUAAAGGUUUUCUUAGAACAUUAUCAAAUAAACUUCAACAUAACAAAAGCAAUCUUACUGAACCAUUACUAUUUUUAUCUUUUUUGUUACAUCCAACUUAUCAUAAUACACAAUUUAACCAAAAUCUUGAUGAUCUUUCUCUUGUAUAUAUGGGAAAAUGGAUUGUGCACUAUUAUAAAUCCUGGUUUGGUAAACCUUCACACUCUAUUUUGGAUAAAUUGCAGCAUUAUGAAAGUGAAGAAUAUCCAUUUAAUAAAGAAACAUUUAAUCAAUUUGGUGGUAACUUGCUAAAAUAUUGGAAUUUUUGCAAAAGAGUUGCUGAAGAAUUGCAUCUUGUAGCAGUUUGUAUUUUUUCAGUUUGUAUAACUACAGCAUUAGUAGAAUGA